CGCCCGCUCUGCGGACGGCGGAGGCCGGGACGUUUCCAUUGGCGCGAGGCGGAAGGGCGGGGAUGGAACGUUCCGUCCCGGACGAGACCAUCGGGGCGGGCAGGGGUGUGCCCGGGGAAAGUUGCUGCGACGCAGAGCUCGCGCCAUGGCUCCGUGUCCGAAGCUGGUGUUGCUGCUGAGCGGGAAGAGAAAGUCGGGCAAAGAUUUCGUGGGCGAAGAAAUUCAGAGCCGGUUGGGGCUGGAUGUUUGCACCAUCCUCCGCUUAUCGGGGCCUCUGAAAGAACAAUAUGCAAAGGAACACGGCCUGGAUUUCCGGCGGCUUCUGGAUGCCAGCGAUUACAAGGAGCUGUAUCGGCAAGACAUGAUCCAUUGGGGGGAAGAAAGACGCCAGACUGAUCCCGGUUUCUUCUGCCGCAUCGUGGUGGAGGGCGUGACGCAACCCGUCUGGGUUGUGAGCGACACCCGGCGGGCCUCGGAUGUGGAAUGGUUUCGAAAUGUAUACGGCGAUCUGGUGCAAGUGGUGCGUGUGGUCGCCAAUGAGGAGACCCGGAGAAGGCGGGACUGGGUGUUCGUGGCAGGAAUUGACGAUGCCGAGUCCGAAUGCGGGUUAGACCAAGGCGUCCCGUUCGACUGGGUCAUCACCAACAAUGGAGACCAGCUUUCCUUGGAUGUCCAGCUGGAAAAAUUGCUUCUCUUUGCCCAAAGCAAGCUGUAGGAAAGGCUGGGCUCCCCUCUCCCCUUUCUUCCCCCCCCACCUCUUUUGGGGGGCUGGGAGGGGUUAGGCUGGGGCUUGGCUGAAGGACCAAAGAGAUUGGAGGGGGUGGGAGGAGGCCCUUCCCAAGCAGAUGCCCCAAGCAAGGAACGAUCCAGCGAGAAAUUCCUUCCCUUCCUGGGAUGGGGAAUCCAUUCCAGAAAGUGCCAUAAUCCAGUGCCGGUUUUUCUUCUUUUUUCUCCAUCCCAGAAGGGCUGCAUGCUUACCACCACGCAGAUGUUUUUCCCGCCCUUGAUCUGCCUCGGUCCCCCUCCCUGUUGGCCUCCAGGCCUGUGCGGUGGGAGGGAUAACGGGGUCCUCUUUCUGUUUAGCUUGCCUUCCGCCCCCCCAGCUGCCCAAUUUAGAGGAGUACCUUUUUCCGCCACCAGGGGGCAGAGCACGCCCAGCCCUUUUAUCAUCGCUUGCAGCUUCAAAAAAACAAACACGCUGAUUUUGUAAUUCCAGUUAGCUCAACGUGUGUGCCUGGAGCUUGAAUUUCAUAGCAUUUCUUUUUCUUUUUUUCCUGGUCUGAUGCUCCAGGAAAAAAGAAAUCCCAUUGGCAGGGGGCAAAAUGCCCAGGGCGGUGGAGUGGAAAACCCUGUCUCUUCCCUUCUGCCUUUCCAAGGUGAGAUUUCCCGCUGUGGCCGGGUGGAAACCUUCCCAAUGCCAUGAUGCUCGGCUGUUACAAAACCCUUGCGUCUUUUCCCCAGCGUGGGGGAGUGAAAUUGUUGUGCCUUAUUCUUAAGAGCUAUCCGUAGGUCGAGCUGGCUUCAUCCCUGUUUUCCUUUGCUUGGUUUUCCAAAAAAAAAAAAACAA